AUGGUUCAAGAGGAUACUCGUCGAAUCGAAACGGAAGAAGAAUAUGAAAUACGAAAAAACGUGACGCUUCCACAACUUCAAGAAAUAGAACAGGAAUUUUUCGAGUUGGUGAUAAACGGAAGUAUCGCUGAAGUCGAGCUUUAUCUGAGAGUUCAUCCGGAUUUUAAAAUUAAUGCUACCAACUACCAAGGUAUUACAGCUCUACACAUAGCCAUUGAAGAGAGGAACGGCCCUAUGGUGAAAUUUCUACUUUCCCAUCCAGAGAUCGAUCCCGGUGACGCCCAUCUCUACGCAAUCAGAGAAAACGAGACGAAGAUAGCCGGCAUGAUUUUAGACAAGCUCAACGAGAUAUCACCGGGAUUAGAAUAUGCCAGUGUCACUCAUAGCUCUGAUUUCCCGGACGAGGCUACACCCUUAGCGAUCGCAGCACAGUACGGUCAUUAUGAGCUUAUUCAAUAUCUGAUCGAACAUCGACUUCAUAGGAUUCAACGACCUCACCCACCUAACUGCAAUUGCUUGAGCGUGUGCAAACGAGAACGUGAAAUUUAUGACAGCUUAACGGUGGAUCGAAAACGUAUAUUUCUCUAUCGAGCUAUAUCUAAUCCAGCCUAUAUCUGUUUGACCGAGGAAGAUCCAAUUCUCGCUUCUUUUAAUCUAUCGGUCGAGCUAAAAAUGGCUGCAUCCUACGACAGGGAGUUCUAUAACGAGUACAUCCAGCUAUCCGAGAAAUUAUCAGAAUUCGCUACGGAUCUGAUCGGUUGCGCCAGGAAAGCUCAUGAAGUGGAGACAGUGUUGAAGAGAACGUCAGGCUUUACUAGAUCUUCUAGAUUCAUUUAUCCGCGCUUGUUAAUGGCUCUUGAUUACAAGCAAAAAACUUUUGUCGCUCAUCCGAACGUACAAGAGCUGAUCGAGAACAAAUGGGUGGACAAUUGGUACGAAUGGAGGAUGAGAAAAACUUGGCUUCAAUGUUUAACCGUUUUACUACGAAUAAUCCUAUUACCUCUUAUCGCCUUGAUCAUUCUGAUCAUACCGAACACGAAAAUCGCUAAAUUUUUUUCAAGUCCGGUUAAUAAAUUCCUUCACUCUGUUGCCAGCUAUCUCGUUUUCCUUAUCAUCGUAUUUCUUAUAUCCAAUGCCGAUAAGAACAAGCAACUUCGUGGGCCACCGAAUACCGGAUUCGAACCGAUUCUAGCAAUUUACGUGAUAUCGUAUUUAUGGUCGAUCAUACGGCUUUGCAUUAUGCUCGGUCCAAGAAGAUUCUUCAGGGCACCUUGGAACUGGUACGAAAGCUGUAUGAUAUUCCUGUUCCUAUUGACGUUUAUGUGCUGGAUAGAUGCUGCUAUCGACGUCAGGAUUAACGGGCAAUGUGACUUAGAGAGAAAAUAUUGGCACAAAUACGAUCCGACAUUGAUAGCCGAAGGUGUUUAUUGUUUGGCUACGAUCAUGGCCUUCUUUCGAUUGAUGUUUCUUUGUCAAUUGAAUUAUCACCUCGGUCCUCUUCAACUCUCCCUUGGAAAGAUGAUCCAUGAUGUUACCAAAUUCAUCGUGAUAUUCGCCAUCGUCCUUUUAGCUUUCACAUCCGGUCUGUCUAAGUUGUAUCAGUAUUACGAAGAUAUGGUACAAAUUGAUAAAAAUAAUAUAAAGAUACAACAGGUGAGUUCAUUCGUUAAUUUCCCAUCGAGCCUGAAGACACUUUUUUGGGCCGUUUUCUGUAUGAGUCCUAUUGAAAGUGCUGACGUCAUUAUUGAAAAUCUACCAAGUGAUAACGAUACGGAAACCAUCAUAAAUCAUCAUACAUUCACGGAGAUUAUCGGUUAUAUCGCAUUCGCAAGUUUUGAAUUCAUUUCUGUGGUCGUUGUCCUUAAUAUGCUAAUUGCCUGUAUGACCAAUACCUUUACCAAGGUCACAGAUAACGUCAUCGUUGAAUGGACCUUUGGUCGAACGGAGGUUUACAUCAAUUUCAUGCUGAUGACCACCCUACCACCACCCUUCAAUAUAAUUCCCACUUUCGCUGGCUUUCAAACGAUCGCCGAAUACGUGAAGGUACUCGUCAAACCACCGCCGAACAAACGCGCCCGCUGGGACUUCAUGCAGUGUUGCUAUAUCGAAACGUUAGAAGAUGAAAAGGACGAAGUAUUCGCCCAAGUGAUGAUGCAAUUGGUACAACGUUAUUUCCGCGAGAAGAGUAGGGAAAUCGAGAAGACGAACAUCGAGAAAUUUAGAAGAGAAUUGAUAGAAGUGAGAGGACUUCUGCGAGAGGCACUUGAAGCUGCUUGAGGAAAUACAAGA